CAAGUGAAGGCUAUUCCUUUGGGCCACAGCCAUACCUUUCUGAAGAUGUUUCCACUAAGAAUUCUCUGUGCGCUACUGUCCUUCAGCAUCGCCUUGGUGACCAGUGCUGAACCUACCUUAGAAGAAGUUAGAGGACUUGAAGAAGAAAUAAUACGUGGUCCCAGAAUAGUAGAGCAUCAAGCUCAAGGUGACUGCAAAUCUGAUAAGGAUUGGCCAAUAUGUGGCGAUGAGCACUGGGGCAUUAAAUGUCCCUCAGGAUGUAGGAUGCAAGGACUGAUAGAUGAAGCAAAUCAAGAUUUUCAAAACAGGAUAGAAAACAUUAAGAGGGCGCUUUCGGAUAACCAAAAUAGUUACAAAUCAUCUAAUAAUUUGAAACAGGAAAUUUUUAAUUAUCUGGAAAGAUAUCUGCCCAGUGAACAAGAAUUAAAUAAGAACUAUGGGCAAAUAUCUGAUGAUCUAAGAAGGAGAUUGGUGACACUGAAACAGCGAGUUGCUGAUAAAGUAGAAAGGAUUAAAACCUUGCAGAACUCAAUCCAUAAUCAAGUUGGAGAGUUGAAACGUUUAGAGGUGGACAUUGAUAUAAAGAUACGUGCCUGCAAAGGAUCGUGUGCUCAUGUUUUCAACUACAAUGUGGACACAGAGAGUUAUACAAACAUACAGAAGCAGCUCGUACAAGUUAAUGCCAUUAAAAUGGUGUCAGAAGAAGAAGGCUUUCCCCUCAAGACCCUGAAAAUAACAGAAGUGAAGGACUCUCCUGCUCCCAUUCGCUAUAAAUCUGCUGCUCUGACUGAACAGGAAGUAAGCUUACUUGACACUAUAAAGUUGUUUAAGGUAGUAUUGGAAGAUCCUAAAGGAUCCUCAGCAGAUCCCAAAUAUGCUGCUCCCGAAGCAGGAGUGUUUGGAAAACCGCCUAUAAGUAAAGCAAUAAUAAGACCUUCUACUGAUGUUCGUACCAGCCAUACAUGUAUCAAAACCACCACUACAAAAAUCAUUCGUGGGCCUGGUGGUUUACGAGAAGAGACCGUUGAAGAAUAUAAAACUCCGGAUGGUUCCGAUUGUUCUCAUUUGGAAGGUUUCAUUAAAGAAGCUAUCAGUAGUGGCGCCGGCGGAAGUGGCUCUCAUGAUUUCGUUCCCCAUCAUCCAGAGGCAGAUUCCGGAACCUUAACAUUUAGCCACACAAAAACACAGGAAGGGGAUCCUUUUUCAGAAGUAGGGGAGGAUGAAUUUGAUGACUUCUCAAGAUUUGACGAUUUCUCCCAGGGAGGCCACACCAAGACAAUAAUAGGGACCAAGUCAAGAGUCAUUGAAACAGAAGAAAUACAACAUGAUGAAAAUACAGAGCGUAACACUGGUUUAGAAGAACAAAGCUUCAAUGCAGAGGAGAAGUUUGGGAAAGGCAACAUCGGGACAGACUGUGAGGAUAUCCACCAAAAACACACUUCUGGUGCCCAAAGUGGCAUUUUCAGAAUCACGCCAGCAGGAUCCGCUAAGGUUUUUUCAGUUUAUUGCGACCAAGAGACUACUUUGGGAGGAUGGCUUCUGAUCCAACAGAGAUUGGAUGGGUCAUUGAAUUUUAACCGGACCUGGGAAGACUACAAGAAAGGUUUCGGCAGCUUGGAUGUCAAAGGGAGGGGAGAAUUCUGGUUGGGCAAUGAAAAUCUCCAUAUCCUGACCCAGAAAGAUACUGUUCUUCGGGUUGAACUAGAAGAUUGGGAGGGUGAUAAAGUUUAUGCAGAAUAUAAUAUAAACAUAGGUUCUGAAUCAGAAGGUUAUAGACUCAGAGUCUCCAAUUACAAGGGGACAGCAGGGGAUGCCCUGAUCAGAGGAUCAGAGGAAGAUGGCACUGAAUAUACAUCUCACACUAGCAUGAAAUUUAGUACAUAUGACCGAGACAGUGAUCAGUGGGAGGAGAAUUGUGCUGAGGUGUAUGGAGGUGGCUGGUGGUAUAACAACUGCCAAGCUGCUAAUCUCAAUGGUAUUUACUACUCAAGUGGUCAGUAUGAUCCAAGGAACAAUGUUCCUUAUGAGAUUGAAAAUGGAGUGAUUUGGUUACCCUUUCGGCCAUCAGAUUACUCUCUCAAAGUUGUGAGAAUGAAAAUUCGGCCAGUGGAAACCGACUAGAUACCAGUCCUAAAAUUUAAUCCAACUUUCAAAACAAUAUAUACAGAAGUGGUAUUCAGCAGGUUCUGACCAGUUCUACAGAACCGGUAGCGGAAAUUUUGAGUAGUUCGGCAAACA